AUGGCUUCUCAAUCGCACCUUGGCAGCGUCGGCGCUGGUGACAACGUCAACAUCCCCUACAGCACGCCCAGCACGCCUCAUCCUCAACACCAGGUAGGAUGGAUCGGCCUCGGCAACAUGGGCGUCAAGAUGGCUGCCAAUUUGGCCAGUCAUAUGCGCAACAUGUCGCCGCCUUUGCCUCCGCUGCUCGUAUACAACCGUACCACGUCCAAAGCCCAGGCGUUAGAGAAGGAACUCGAUGGGCUCGUCAAGGCUGUGGAUUCGGUCGAGGCGAUUGGCACCCGUUGCGACCUGAUCUUCACCAGCUUGUCGGACGACGAUGCUGCCGAACAGAUCUACGAAGCUUUAUUGCAAGCUGAAGAGAAGCGUGUGGGCAAGCACAUGCAGGAACGCAUCUCUUCUGGUUUUUCCACUCUCCUCGUCGACACCAGCACGCUCCACCCUGCUACGACGGGCAAGCUUGAACGCAAGAUCUCGGCGCUUCCGAAACGUCACUUUGUGGCUGCACCUGCGUUCGGUCCUCCUCCUGUGGCAGCUAGUGCGAAGCUGGUGUUUGCCGUCGCAGGUCCGUACAACUCGAAGAAAUUCGCUUCGCAGUUUCUUGUCCCCGCCAUGGGUAGGAAGAUCAUGGACUUUGGCUCGAAUCCUGAACGUGCAGCUAGCUUCAAGCUGAUCGGCAACUCGAUUAUCAUAUCCACCAUCGAGAUGCUGUCCGAAACCAUGACUCUGGCCGACAAGACGGGCGUUGGAAGCGAUCGAGUCUACGAGUGGCUCGAAGAGUUCUACCCGGCUCCCUCCGCCUUGGGCUAUGGCAAAAAGAUCAUGGAUAGCAACUUUCAGGGCGAGAACGGCUUCACGUUGAAUGGCGGUAUCAAGGACGCUUCGCACAUCAUCAAGUUGGGCGAAUCCGUCAACUGCCCCCUGCCCAUCAUCGAUCUGGCUCGACAACACAUGGUCUCGGCUAGAGCCAUCGGUGGCGCCAACUUGGACUGGAGCUCGUUGAGCGCUGGCUUCAGAGUCACCGCUGGUGUUGAGCCGUUUGAGAAAAAGGAGAUGCUCAAGAAGUGGGCAAAGACCCAAGACAACGCCGGUGCAUCUUCCUAA